AUCCCUUGGCAUUGAAAGCCAAUUCUUCCUGUGAAGUUAGACAAAGUAAGAGAGAGUUCAUUAGUAAUGACAAUGGGUGUCAGCCUGCUAGAGGAGUGCUGCCGUGUGUCUCUAAUCUCUCUCGUGGCUGAGAAAGGAAGGCUUUAUAGAAUGCUAUCAGCUCGUAAUGAUUUGGCAAAAUUGCAGAUUACUGAAAUGAAUCUUAUCUCUGAGAAUAUAUCUGCUGCCAGGUGGCUAUUUCUGGUGGAGAGCACAGUGUGUGAGGCCUUAUGGCAGCUGCACGGAGCUGUGUCAGGGGAGGGGCAUGUGGGGGCUGUUAGGUUGGUCAUCUCCUAACCCUUAAACCAGGCACAGCUUACAGUCAUGGGGUGGCACCUUGUGCGUGCAUUUAUUUUCACCAGCACGUGUGUGCGUGACUUUCUGUGCUGUGCCCCUGUUCCAUGCUAGUUUGUGGUGCUGUGAAAUAGGCUGGAACUCGCCUGUUGAUCUGGUAAAGCUGAACUUCUUUUUGAAAUGUGUUCUGGAAGACAGCACAGCCCCUGCACACACUGCUGGUGCAUAAGGAGCACCAAAUCAGCAUGAGCAGGGCUGCUCUUGGAGAAGGAUGCUGAGAACCAAAGAGACAGAUUUUGCCUGCUGUACAGAGUGCAGCUGUGAUUGUCUUGGAGUGACGCCUGAGGGGAGUGUAAUUGUGCAGAACUGCAGCACGUCAGAGCAGAAAUAAUGCUAUGCAGCCCAAUGGGCAGGAAUGCUGGCUUGGAGCUUGUGCGAGGACACAGAGCUCCUCCGGAGGAGAAAAGUGACGAGGAGCUGAGCAGGAGAGGAGCUGAGCAGGAGAGAGAGGAGCCCCGCUCCCCUGGCUAUGCCAGCGCAUCACUGGCAGCAACGCGUGCACCUGUAGAGCCGCUGCUGCCCAGCCACAGCACUGCCCUAAAUGGGUUAUUUCCCCUGGGGAAGCACACAGCAACCUGCCAGAGAUGUUCUCCUGUUUCGUUUGGCUCUCCCUCCCCUACUUCGUGAACACCUUCCCGACCUCAGGAAAGUUCCCCCUCAACAGAAGUCUUGAGGAGGUGUUGAAAAUCCCAAACAUCUCGGGGUUCUUUCCCUGGGAUAACGACACGCUGGCCGACUGGCAGAGCUUUGUGGGCAGGAGCCGGCACGGAGCAGACUCGCAGCACGCGGCGGCCAAAGCUCUGCUCAUCGCGGCGUAUUCCAUCAUCAUCAUCUUCUCCCUCUUCGGCAACGUCCUGGUCUGCCACGUCAUCAUCAAGAGCAAACGCCUGCGCUCCGCCACCAGUCUGUUCAUCGUCAACCUGGCCGUGGCUGACAUCAUGAUCACGCUUCUCAACACGCCUUUUACACUGGCUCGUUUUGUGAACAGCACGUGGAUAUUUGGGAAGGGGAUGUGCCAUGUCAGUAGGUUCGCGCAGUACUGCUCACUCCACGUCUCUGCUCUGACCCUCACAGCCAUUGCCGUGGACAGGCAUCAGGUCAUAAUGCACCCUCUGAAACCUCGCUUACCUAUGGCAAAAGGCGUUAUCUGCAUCUCUAUAAUUUGGGUCAUGGCAGCUUGUUUUUCCCUCCCACAUGCUAUCUACCAAAAACUCUUUACUUUUGAAUACAGUGAGGAAGUCACUCGGUGCCUGUGCAUCCCAGAUUUCCCUGAGCCAGCUGACCUCUUCUGGAAGUACCUCGACUUAACGACCUUCGUUUUGCUCUACGUCCUGCCUCUGCUGAUCAUCUCUGCUGCCUACAUGACAGUGGCCAAGAAACUCUGGCUGCGUAAUAUCAUUGGGGAUGUCACCACCGAGCAGUACUUCGCCCUUCGCAAAAAAAAUAAGAAGACUAUAAAGAUGUUGAUGCUCGUUGUCAUCCUCUUUGCCAUCUGCUGGUUUCCCUUAAAUUGCUACGUCGUCCUGCUCUCCAGCCAAACCAUCCGCUCCAACAAUGCCCUUUACUUCGCCUUUCACUGGCUUGCAAUGAGCAGCACCUGCUACAACCCCUUCAUCUACUGCUGGCUCAAUGACAGCUUCCGGGCAGAACUGAAGGCUUUGCUUAACAUCUGCAGAAAACCUCCUAACCUUGCAGAACAGAGGCUUCCCUCCACGGUCCCUUCCUACCGACUGGCAUGGCCUGAAAACAGCCACUUCAAGAGGCUGCAGGUCUCUCAUGUCCCUGCCUCAGCCUCCAUCAGCCACUUAGGAAAGAUGGACAUCUCUGCAGUUGAGCCCAUAGUAGUUGUGAGCUAAAUGGUGGCCUGGGAAGAUGGAUACAGACCACGCUUAGGUUUGACUGGAUCUAGGCAGGUGGGAAGAUGUGGAACCCUGGCCUAAGCAGAGACUGUGUCAACUCCUGUGGUUGUACUGAAAAGCCCAACUCCACAGCUGGUAGUGUGAAACUCCGAUGCUAAUGGCAUGGAGACUCCAAAGGGAAGAAAGCAAAGCCUUGCCAGGAAUGAGCUUUCUUUUUGUCUUGGUCAAGCUGACUUUGGGUCUGCUGGCAAAGAGGGAUUCUCUGCAUGUGUCUGUUAUUUGUCCGAGUCUGUACCACUGGGGCCAUUUGUGUGCUUUGCUGUUAUUUAAGCACUCAAGCAGCACUCUGAUGGUGUUAAGCCUCCCUCCUUUUAGUCUCUCAAUAGCAGCACACAGACAGUAGAGAUACAGAGACAGAAGUUGCUGGUUUGAAUUCUUUUCUCCCAUUUGUGAAAAUAUCUUCAGAGAGGUGGAGGGAUAAUAAACAGCCAUUGGAAAUUAGAGCUGUCUUUUACAUCGCAAGCACUCCUCCUAAGGUAGGAUUGAAGAAAACUUGAUGGCUAUUCUUUGUGUAAAUAGAUGGUAAACACCAACCUGUUAGCUCUGCAUCUGUUGCCAGUGCUAAAUCACACAGAACUGUACCUUUGUGAAACAGGCAUGAAUAUUCACAAAGCUUUAAUUCAAAUAGAGACCUAAAGCCUGAAAACCUUGGACAUAUUGUCCAUGGUUGGAGCACUGAUGGUUAAUUUGAGUUGGGAAUCAGAGAAUCAUAGAAUGGUUUGCGCUGGGAGGAACCAUGAAAGGCCAUUGAGUCCAACUUCUCUGCAAUGAGGAGAAACACCUACAGCUUCAUCUGGUGCUCAGAGCCCCAUCCAGCCUGGAUGAGAUACUUUUGUUCAGGGCAUCUCUAUGUUGUUACCAGAUGGUGGCUGAGGAAUCCUGCAAUGUGACUUUUUACUUUAUUACUGUUGCUCUCUUCUCCUGUAAAGCACCUGGGAAUUUCUCAGAUCAGACACGUGGGAUAUUUCAUCCCAGCUAAGAUGUUCCCAAUGAUGAUCCCAACUGAGCUCACUGGAACCAGUUCAUAAAUAAACUGCUGUAAUGAUAUCUGUGAUAGCAAGUAAUAAAGGAGGAAGAUUUUUGCAAGAUAUCCUCUUGUGAAUGAGAAAUUGUAGUGCAUUUAAAGAUUGGUGAGAUGUGUCUUUCAGGGACAGCCAUUAAGAAAUUGAUGUGACUGCAGCUCUCUGGUGUAGAUUGCAGAAAAUGCUAGAUUCUGAAUAAGACAGACAAAAGAGCAUGUUGCCUCAUAUUGCACAGGGAAACGGUCACUUUGGUGCAGCAAUUAGCUUUGAUGUCACACAGGAGUGCCUGUUCCACGUUCAGCUUGUGAUGGCCAGCAGAUAAGUGAGAAAAACCUUUGUUAUUAAAGGCUAAAAGAGGGAAGAAAAAAAAAAAAAAAGGAGAGAGAAAAAAUACUAUUCCCCAGUGUCCACUAAUAAACUUACUCUGAAAUCAUAUUAAGUCUUGUGUGGGUUUUUUCACACCCAAGUGCUUCAGGGGCUGCUGCCAUUCUUUAUCAUAGAAUCUUCAAUGUUGGAAAAGACCUCUAAGAUCACCAUGUCCAGCCACCAACCCAUCCCCACUGUGGCCACACACCACGUCCCUCAGUGCCACGUCUCCAUGUUUCUUGAGCACCUCCAGGGACAGUAAAUCCCCACCUCCCUGCGCAGCCUGUGCCAGUGCCUCACCACACUUUCUGAGAAGAAGUUUUUCCCAUUCACUCCAGCAGUGCUCACAACAAAAGGCCCCCAGUGUUCAGAGCCCUUCGACCACCCUUCACAUUCUGUGGCAGCAGAUUCAGAUUACUCCAGUAAAUAAACCUUUGGGUAUCACUAAGUCAGGUGUAUGGCAGGGACAGGGGGACACGGGCAGGUGGGGAUGGGUUGGCAGUUGGACUAGAUGAUCUUAAAGGUCUUUUCCAACCUUAAUGAUUCUAUGACCCUUAGUCCUCUGGGCUUGCUGAAGUUCCAGAGCUCCAUCUGAGGGAGCUUUUGCUGUGCAAGGAAUUGCAGAUUUAGUCUUGAUCAGGGCUGAUGAGCAGUGAUGAGUGGACAAGCAGCAGAGUGAUGCAAGUGAUGCUCUGCCACCCUUGUGCUUAAAUACAGCUUUGCCAAGCUGGAACUGUUUGGGCUGAGCCAUGUUUUAUGUCAGAAGUCUCUUCUUCCCAUUCACUAAGUGUAAUGGAGUUGUUUUCACUCACAUCCAAAUGCUACAACAGAUUCUGCAGCUACAUCCUUGUUCCUUAGCUCUGUUUGGGACGAGAGUCUGAACUCAGGAAGAUGUUCUUUCUGAAGGUGAAGGUAACCUUUGGCCAUUUUAAGACUCACCUCCCGUAGAUUUGCAUCCUUAAACAAUUACAUACAGAAAUUUGUCAGAGCACAAACAGAAACUUGCCAGCAAACAAACCCUCAGAUGCCCAUGGCAGUGUUAGCUCCUUCCCUGACAGGGACUCUGGUGGGUCUGAGCAGGGCUCCCACAGUUACAGGAUUCUGUGUGGAAAACUCUUCU